AUGACAGAUGUACAGCUCUACCGUGAUAGUUCAGGAAGCUUGCCGUAGUGAGUUGCAAUGAACGGUUCAAUUAGGUGUUCAAUCGAAAGUUUUACUGACUACCUUCUGGUUUUGUUUACAGUUUGUCUCACUGGGCUGCGAAGGAACCCGCCAAGCACCGAUUUAUGGCGGGGAACACGGAUCACUGGGCAAAGAUGAAGCACAAGGUAUGUUACAAACGAUUUUAAGGCCCAAAUGUUGUCCUUUAGGAUAGCUGUAAUAAACAUUGCCUAGAAGUAACGGUUGUUAGGGAGCCGAUUCGCUGGUCUCCAUGUCGAUUUCUUUCACCAAAACCUCGCAUCCGUGUUGACAUUUUGUCACGUUAUAUUUAUCAAGUUUUAUAAAAGAAAAAACUGCUACACUAGAAAACUUGCUAAAACUUUUACUUUUAGGCAACAACAAUAGCUGUAAUGUUCUAUCUUUUAUGGACACAAGCCGAACAUGACUACAUGUAUAAGGAAAGGAACGUCACGCAACGAACUGUUGUGUCCUAUGCACACGAGCAGACUGAAUGAGAAAGGCCAUUUUCUGUAAAUUUUUUUCGCCGGUCUUGUCAUUAGCUUUGAAAUUAUUUACCCGAUAGCCGUAAAAAUUGAAAAAUUUUAACCGUUAGCCGUAAAUAGGGUAAAAAAGAGUUAACCGUAAAAGAAAUUGUUACCUAGAUUUGCUACUUUUAAGGAACUUCAAGGUGCUAAACUCACUUAUGGGUGCGUUUUUUAAUUCCCGGCUAGUGUGACUCCGUACGCACGUUAGGCGAAGCGCCUUUUAGGUGUUAACCAAAAACAUGUAGGCUCCAUUUCCGACGCUCUCUCGGGAAACUAAUUUUUUCCAUUGCGAAAGUGUGGCUUCUUGCUGGGGAUUAAUAUUUGCAAUUUUCUGGUUGUCGUGCCCUCGAAACACUACUGAUACAACACGCAGAGAUGUCAUUGUUUGUAAAACACAAUCUUGGUCAAGGCAUUUCGGUGGAGAACUCGCUCGGACCACGUGACCCGAAACGCAUUAGCCGCGCGGAAUAAUGCGGCCUACGGACAAGGCAACGGCAGACAGUCGUUCCGUACAGUCCUUCGCUAUCAUUAAAAACACUGGACACGGGAAUUUUGUUAUUGGCCGUUUUCACACUAGAGCUAAAAAUGGAUCAUCCGUCUGAGACUAGCCUUUGUACAGUCGCGCCCUCCCCACAGACACCCCUUCUCCGAUUUUUUCUGAGGGGUGGGGGCGGCUGUAGUCAGGCUAUCUGGAACGGAUAAUCCCGUCUUUAAAAGUCAGGGGGAUUGUUCAUUCAAAAUUAAAACUAUUCCAUUUUCAAAUUAAGACGUAUUAUCUAUCUGACGCGAAUCAUCAAACGGAUAACCCGUUUCACACGAAUAAUCCUUCUCUAGUGUGAAAACGGCCAUUUCUGUAGAAUGUCGCGCCUCGGCCUUGAGUUGAGUUUGCGUGUCUGCUUUUGGUUUUUCACAAAGAUUAUUUUUAAAUUGACUAUUGACAUUUCUGUGUGUAAAAUAAUAUUAGAAGUGGAAUUCUUUAUAAAAAGUAUGAUCUAUCAAAUGUUAAAAUUUUACAAAAGAAUAGCUUAUUUCAUCCCGAGAUGAUCCGAAGAUCUUUAUUUUGAUUUAAAGAUACAAACAAAUACGGGUUAAUUAAUAUUUAACUUUGUGAAACAAAAGAAGUUAAUAUUUAACUUUUUCGUUAACCGUAACUGAAAAAAAUUAACCGAUAGCCGUAAACGAGCCAAAAUUUUAGCCGAUAAGCGUAAAAGCCAACACCCCAUUGAAACCCUCUUAGAGUGCCAAGAGAGACCAACACCAAGUUUCUCCUAACAAUACCAUUGCAUAAUCACUGAAGAGAAAAGGGCAAACGAGGGUUUAAAAUAACUUGAGCACUAAACGGUAAAUGCUUUGAUCUUUUAUCAAAUUCUCUCAACUAAUUCUUCAAGGAAAAGUAUAGAGGUCGGUAUGUAUGUAAGUUUAAGGGACGCAAGAAUAUGAGCGCGUGAGCCCUUCCUCUCCCCAGUUUCCUCCCGUUUUAUUUUCGUGUUCGCGCUUCCUCAAUUUCGCGGACCCGACUGUCUUGGAGCCUGGAACAGGCUACCUACCUUUCAUCUAAUCCUAAGAUCUUUAAAGCUUUACCAAAAAUAUUUCCCACCAAAAUAAAGCCUACUAAAUACGCAGCAAAAGGAAAACAAUGAGACAAGAAAAGCGAAAGAAGAAGGGAGAAGAGAAAGCUAAACUGAUUUGUUUCCUGCGCAUGCCAGAACUUAGCGUGCUAAUAUUUUGCAUGUGUAUCAGAAGGCAGCUAAGUUUACGGCCUGUAACCCUUUUGAACAACUGAGGCCUGAUGGAGAGCUCGCUCGUCCAAACUCCCUUUCCUUUCGAACGCCUGCCACGCCCCCUGCCAGGUAGGCUACGAUAAUUAUAAACGCUAUUCUAAAACAACUGCCUUUACCUUCUAUGCUGUCACUCAA